AUGGCCGAAUUGUCCGAGGAUGAGUUGGAGAAGAUACAGGCGCAAGUCACCCAUAAGAAGGGACCUGUAUAUAUGCAGCACUUUUUGAACAAGAUGUGGAGACAAUGCGGGAUGAGAGUGCAUGAUGAUAAUGAGGCAUUAUGGGAUGGGGACAGCUUCAUGAAGAUGAAGGACUGGGAGGACAUAGAGCUGGUUUGGCAGGAGUACAUGCAGGAACAGUUCGACUUGAAGGAGCCUUCCAAGUUGCAAAAUUGGGAUACCACCACCUUGCUCAAUUUCUGUUGGCAGGAGACAGGUGAAGGUCCAAUGUUCCUGUUCAAAGCAUGGAGGAACAAAGAAGGCAACAUGGUAGAUUCCAUUGUAUCUGAGAAAUCACCUCCUCAUUGGAAGCAUAAGAGGGUGAUGAUCUGGAGACCUCGGGAUUCAUCAACCGAAUGCAAGAGUGAUGCCGAGGGCAAUACUCAUCCAGACGAUGAAGCUGAUGUUGAUUCAGCUGAUGGUAGAUCCCCGCAAAGGAGAUCCAGAAGAGCUGUGGGUCCCGCAUCAGCACGUGAAGGAACCGUAGUCCCACGUUCAAUUUCCAAGCCUUGCCUGGUCAAGCCUGCAAAAUCUGGUGCCCUCCUGACAUCACAAAUGGGUGACCUCCUGGCUGGCUUAAAUGCUGGAGACACUGGCAAUGUUGAAAAUGAAGUUCCACUGCCAGCCCCGAAGAGUAUCCGGGGGAAGAAUGAUGUGAAUGAGGCACCGGUGAGAACAACUCAGAGUAAGUCAGUGCAACAACCAUCUGACAGAGUUACUAGAGCAAGGGGCAAAAAGUAA